AUGAAGAGCACCAUUGCCAUCGCAGCUUUCCUGGCUGGCGCUAAUGCCCUCGUUGGUCGCCGUGAUACCUGCUGUUUCGAGCUCACUGCCUCUGGAAGUGCCUCCGGUACUCUUGGCCAGCUGACCGACGGUCAAGUCCGCCUUGGUGACACCACCUUGUCGCCUUCCACGUUCUGCAUCUCGAACUCUAUCAUUACUGAUAGUGAGGGCCGUGGAUGUGUUAUCACUUCGGAGACUACUCAGUUUCAAUGUGACCAGGGCGCCACCGGCACCUCUGGCUUCACCUUAGCCUCUUCUGGGUUGCUGAGCUUUGACGGUAGCUCAUCUUUCAUCGCUUGCCAGACUGGCGAGGACAACGGUAGCAACAUCUACACCACCAACAGCACCGAUGUGACCCAGUGUGUUAGCAUCCAGCUGACCGGCGACUCGUGCGCCGCUGCUUCCUCCUCCGUGGUAUCCUCUGUUGUCGCUUCUUCUUCGCCGGCUUCCAGCACCCCCGUUGGUGUAUCGCCUGUCACUACGGCUGCGUCUUCGGUCCCUGCUCUCCCUACCUCUAGCCCUCUUAUCCCCAGCAGCCCGGCCAAGGUCUCUACCCCAGUUGUCUCUACUCCAGUUGUCUCUACUCCAGUUGUCUCUUCCAGCGCUGCGAUCACGAGCUCCUCAUCCGCCACUGCUUCGAGCACCAUCACUACCAGCACUACCAGCACUUCUUCUACAACUAGUGCCUCCGCCUCUAGCGCUGCCUCCACAACUGCUGUCAGCGGCUCAGCUGUCUCUGCUCCCAUGGGUCUCGCCCACUGGGUCGCUUCGGUUGCUGCGAUGCUGAGCUUGAUGGUGCUUUACUAG